AUGCCAGGAAACCAGGAGCUGUUGCAGGAUCGCUUCAAGAUUUCCAGGGACCACAUCUUGGGAGAAGGAAGCUAUGCAGUGGUGUACAAGGGACUGGAUCGAAAGGGGUUGAAGAACGUGGCCGUCAAACUCUACAAGGACAUAGACGAGGACGCAACUCAAUCCUUCAAGAAAAGCAUAGAUGUCCUGCUCUCUAUACAGACUGGGAAGCGAUCUGCCAGCAAAACAGCGCCAUCGGAGGAUGGAAAAUCCGACGCAAGUGAUACUGAGCCACCGGAUGGGCCCGAUGAGAUAGACACCGAUUGGGCAGAGAAUUCGACGGAUUGGGCAGAGUUCGCAACAAGAUCCUUCGAUCCCCGGAUGGUGGACGUACCAUCGCACGUGCGGAGACGGUCAUCAAGGGGCGAGCUGAUCAGAAAGAUCGACUUCAGCUCAUGCUUUGUGUCGGUUGUUAGCUUCUCGAAGGAUGAGCAUGACAAUCCUGGCCUUGAUUCAGAAUCCGAGUCGCUUUUCAUUGUCUUCGAACUCGGAGGGGAAUCCCUGGAGGACAGACUUGUACGGUAUGCAGAAGAAGGACGAAAGCUGUCAGCGGAUGAACAUCGUUCCCUGCAGUGGGCUUUGGUCUCUAUAGUUUUUGGCCUGCAUACUCUUGGGUACGUGCACUUAGACAUCAAGCCAGCGAACAUCGUUAGCUUUGACGUGGGAGACCGAAAGGAGCAGUGGAAGCUGAUAGAUCUCGACGGUGCGCUCUGCUCCGGAAAGCCAACUCUGCUCAAGGACUGCGUGACGACGUUGCAAUACACGUCUCCAGAGCUUGCAGGGACCUUCCUUUCCAUGCAGGUCUGCGCGCAUGACAAAUUUGGAAGACCGCGGCGUGGCAAGGAAGAUCCGGACAACCAGCUCAUCAAGCUCUCCCGGCUCAUGGACGUUUGGAGUGUUGGGAUGUGUGCGAUGGAGGCAAUUUUCUUGGUACCCAUCUUAAUGCCAUGGUAUGAUGAGUGGCUGAGCGAAACAGGCACCGAGGAGAAGUUCCUCAAGUGGCUCGCGGACUACUACACCGAGCCAAUAAUCACAGGAGACCUGCAGGCUGCUUUGCAGGAGAUCGACAAGGACAUGUGCAGCUUCUUGGAGGGGAUGCUUCAAAAGGAUCCUGCCAAGCGUUUCAGCAUUAUCGAGUGCAUCAACCACACGUGGUUCCAGAAGAUUCGUCACAGCCACCUCGAGGACCUUGCUGGAAUACUGGAGAGGUCGGAAGCUGCCGGCUCUGAGACGGAGUCGCCCACAGCAUCGAGGCCGGCCGAGCAGAAGGAAGACGAGGAAGCCAAGCCGGACAGGUCACCCGCGGGUGGCAAACCAGAUGUCAGAAGAGCAUCCAGAGCUUGCGCGUUAAUGUAG